AAGAAGACAGGCUUGCGCAACUUGAGGACGGGUACUCAUGAUGCUCUGCCUGCGUGGUCACGCACACCUACAGUUGCGAGCUGCCGCCCUCUGGCUCAGCCUGAUGCAGUUGCUGCCCGCGUCAGAGGCAGCGACUCCCACGUCCACAGCGCCUCGCUGCAUCUGCUUCGUCAAGCUCUCCAGCAGCGACCAGAGCCCGUGGGUGCUGCCGCAGCCAGGCGUCGGCAGCCUGCGCUGCGCGGCGGCCGAGCCCGGACUGCUGCGCUGCCGCUGGCGCAGCACGCCCUGCGGCCGAGUCCGUCGGCCGCCUGGACUCUACUGCUUCGGCAACGCAGGUACAAGGAGCGACGUCGGCGGGAAAACGGAGGAGCAGGAGCCGUGGCGUUUGAUGGACGCUUCGCAACGCUACCUGGCCUGUGUGUUCGGCACGUGCGGACCCGCGUGUGCUUUCUGCACACGGGUACAGCCUGGCUCCGGAAUCGGCGUGUCUCUGCGCUCCGUCGAGUACUCGCCCUUCCUGGUGGGCGUCGAGUGGCGGCGCGUGCUGACCUUCGCGUCACUGGCGGCGACACUGCGUAGGCGCCGCCCAGCGCGCCGCUACCGCAUCGGGGUCACCACCUGCUGGUCGUGGAAAGAGCAGCCUUGUACUCUUCGAUGUGGACCCGAGGAGCCCGUCUCUCUGUCGGGGCCCGCGGGUUCCUUCAGCGUGCCGGCCGACCUGUACAGCGGCAGCGUGCAGCUGCGGGUGCGAGGCUUGGGCCGGGACCGCCCGGGAGCCGCCGUCUUCCGAGCGUACUUCCACAGAAAGCAAGUCGAGCCAAGUAGCCCGUGCGAUGUCACCGUGAGAACCUUGGGCUGGUCCGUGGUGCGACUCAGCUGGAAGGCCCGGCCCCACGCGCAGCUCGACGGCUUUCAGGUGCACUGGUGCCGAGCAGACAGCACGCUUUCCCGUGGCUGCUCACAGCUCCACCUUCCACGCAACGUCUCUUCCGUGGUUCUCAUGGGACUCGUGCCGUUCCUCAGAUACACGUACAGGCUGCGCUCCUUUCGGGGCGACCCAAACAGCUCGGACGUACUUUUCAGCUUGCCUACCACGGCCACGCGCAGAGACCGUCUCAGCUUUGAGCUGUUCCUGUACACGGAGAUGCUGGUUGUGUUCUUGCUGGCUGGAGCGCUGACCCUGGUGGCACUUCUCACCAUUGGAUUUAUCCUGAUGCGUGCCUUGGGCCUGACGACCUUCCUCGACAUGGAGCCCAACGAAAUGGCAGCGGGCCCGGGUGGUGCACGCGAGAACCAGGCGCAGGGCGACCACCGGCGCCACGUGCCUGGCGGCGCCAGGAGGCGGCGUGGGCCAGCAGCGCUUCCCAGGGUCCGGUCACGGGGCGACAGCUGACCGCCGCUGCGGGUUCGCGCAACGCCCGGCACGCCCGCCGGCGGCCAUCUGACGCGGCACCUGCAGAGCCCAGCGUCGUCGAAGCCUGGGACUGAUUUUUCAGCGAUAUUGGCGCAAGCGGAGAGGCGCAGGUGCCGUGUGACUGCUUCCCGUCAGUGAUGGCUGGCGCUCCAACACGGUGGCCAAGAGCGCGAGUGCUACUGACGACUGACGCACCGCGCUCGACAAUACUGAAUUAUAGACAAAGAAAAUUUCGCCUUCACGAAAACCUAAUGGGCGGUUACUCUCGACGCAGAACCGUUAUUUGUUGAGAUUGCCGUAGAUAUUCACGGAACAACAUGGUCCUCGACCUGUCUGGAUCUUCACUAAGGUAUCUAUUUGGUCCUCUUGGUAGAUAUGCUACAAGUACGUACAGAGUUGCGCAUAAAAGGUCCUUCUUCCUUGAUGUCCGUGUCUUUUAUGCGCAGCUCUGUACAUACUGUCGGGAUAAUUACCUACGACAUACGAUGACUGCAUUCGCUGUAGACUAAUGGAGUCCACCGGAAUGAUUUGGGCUUAUACGGUCACUUCCCGUGCUCCAAAAAUUUUAGUGAACGAAAGUUUUUACUGCAGCAGAUAUUUUUCGCUAGGUCUUCCGCAGACUGUUGUUAUCAUGAUUAAACGCAAAGAAUGUUAUGGUCAGA